GCUGCAAUACGGAGAAAGGAAAGUAGUUUUGUUAUAUGGUUAUGUGGCAAAUAAGUUAAUUUUUAUUUAUCUUUUUUAAAAAAUAAAAUUAAGAUGUGAAACAUUCAUUAACGAUUACAUUCAUUACGGAUUAAUUAGAGAUAAUAUGUUUUUAGAAAUAUAUUAAUUACUUAUCAAAAAAAAUGUUGUACAAAUGAGAAGAAAGCAUCAUGCACGAGUUGUUUACACAAGUACUUAAUAACAGGGAUUUAUCGAGAGCCGGCGAUUUAUUUUCUGUAUCGGAUGCAGCAAUUGUAAAUGAUUUAACCGAAGUGUUAAAAGAAAUCACUUCAAUAGCAUCAUUACCAGAUUAUGCUCAUAAUGACAACGAUCAAAGCGUAGUAGAAAUAUGUGUGACACGUGUCACAUCCUGUGUACGAGAAACUGGUACCGUUGAACAACAUUGUGAUGCUCUGGUUACACUUCUUGAAUCAUGUUUGCACCAUAAUUUACAACCGUCUGUACGUGAUGAAGAUCCUCCGCAUGCAAAAAUUUCAGCUGAUAUUAUUUCUUGUAUAUUUUUGAAUUAUAAUAAGAAAAGUGUUAUGCAACGUGCAAUACCAGUUGCAGUAAAAUUUUUACAUAAAGGAAAUAAAGAACUUUCUAGAAAUAUGGCUUCUUAUUUAUCGUUAGCAGCUAUCGAACAUGCACCGUUGUUAAGUCCACAUGUUCAACCGAUUAUGGAUUCUAUUAUUUCAGGAAAUUAUCCAUUAUGUCGAGUUCUUGCACAAAUUUAUGAAGUAUCAAAAGAACCAUUACAAGGACAUGCUAUGGCGCUAGUUUCACUAUUACCACUUUGUGACAAUCAAGAAAAAUUAGCUUUAUUAAAUUUAUUUGCAUUGAUUGCAAAGAAUAAGCCUACGUUGUUGGAAGCAAGCGUGCCUCAAUUAUGCGAAUAUUUAAAUAAUGCUACAACCGCAUCCGCAACCAUUCAAGUAUUUUUAAAUUUAGCUGAACGACGACCUACGGUUUUGGUGGAACAUGUGUCUGCAAUUAAAAAGGCUGCGCAAAAACAUCCGCAUAUUGUUUGUCCGGCUGCACAGGUAAUCGCUGCUGUUGGAAAGUUAAGCAAAGAUCGAGCUCAAGACGCGUUGAAUUUUGUUUUGGAACAAUUGCCGAAAGCGGAUCGAGGAUCACAGAGUACAUUAUUAAGAGAGGCAACAUUACUUUGUAGUUCUUAUCCAGUUUUAUUCACCGAUAAAGUUUUAGCCGGAGUUCGACAAAGGCAUCAAAGCUCAAAUCAAGUGAAUCAAACAUCAUGUGGUGUAACAAUUGUAAAAGUAGGUGGUUCAAUUCAAACUUCGCCGCCAUUACCUGCAUCACCACCUCCUGUAGUUCAACCGUCACAAAAUUCACAACCAAUUUUAUCACAAAGUUCAUCACAAAGUGUUACACAAAUUCCACCAGUCAGUACGCAAAGUACUGUAACACAAACAACAGUGACACAAACGGGUGGGUACACACGUCGUGCUAAACUUGGUGAUUCUAGAAGUACGGGACGAUUGCAUACUACAACAUCAGGUAACACACAUCGGAGCAUGACACGUCUUAAUAUUGCCGGAGGAUCUGUUGGAGGCUUACAUAAAAGCAUGACAAGAUUAAGUUCAUCACAACAAAUUAACUCACCAAGUGUAAAUUCAGUUCCACAGCCGCCAUCACAAAUACAAAAUAUUCCUGUGCCUCCACCGCUUAGCAAUAAUGUAACUGUGACUGGUGCAAAUAAAUGGGGUAUUAGCCCGAGUAUUGGACCAACCAGAGUAUCUAGCGGUGGAGUUACAGUUACAACAAUUUCUCCUAAAGGUCCUAGACCGUUAAGCCAAGGUCCAUUAACUAUGGGAUCGGUAACGAUAUCUGGUCCGGGAGGUAUGACUAGUAACUCAAAUCCACCGCCAUUAAGUUCAAUGAGUCCAGCUAAUCCUAUUUCAAUUACUUCUGGUCCUGUAACAAUUGGAGGAACUGUUUCUAUUUCACAUACUUCUCAAAUGGGUUCUGGAAAUGUUUCAAUUUCUGGACCUACAACUGUUACAUCACGUCGGAAUAAUAAUAAUACAAGUGUGACAAUUGUGAACGCAAAUAAUAAUAUGGCUCAAAAUCGUAUGAGUGUGUUUGAGCCUUAUCCAAUGCGCGAUACUGUACAACAUUUUUGUGAAAAGCAUCUUGAUAAAAUUAAGGCAUAUAUGGACAAAGUAUCAGUUCGAAUUCCUCCUCCAGCUAAAUGUACAAUUGAAGAAAGAAGAGCAAAAAAAUUGGCAAAAUUACACUUUGCAUGCCAAGCAAGAGGUCAACAUUGUUUAUAUUCACGAACAUUUUUCACAAUGAGAACAAGAAAUCCACGCGUAUGGAUUCACUUAAUGUUUAUCGCAUUACAAGCGCGAUCGCCACAUGCAUUAUCCAGCAGGGAUGCAUCUGUAACCAGUUUGAAACAUUGUUGGGAUAUGUUGAAAUGUGAAAAUAAAACAUUUCUAACAUUAGUUACAAGCGCUUUUCCUUGUGCUAAAGAUCAGGAAGCUUUAUUAAAUGAAUUACGGCAUUCUGGAUUUUUUGAUGUCUUCCAAUUGGGUCCUGCGCCAGUAGGCGGUAGUGCUGAUCCAUUAGGUGGUACAAAUUUACAAUGGGGUUGUUUUCUUUGUACACAUCCUGAAAGAGCCGUUGGAUUUUUAAGAGGGAAUACUCAACCAGUUAUUGAGGGACAAUUAAAAGAGAAAAAGGGAAGAUGGAGACUUUUUAGACGAUGGAGGACAAGAUAUUUUACAUUGUCUGGAGCUCAUUUAUCAGUGAAAGGAUCGAGUGGUGGUGAAAGUAUCGAUGUGAAUCAAAUAAGAUCAGUAAAGGUAUCACGAGGUGCUAGAAACAUUCCAAAAGCAUUUGAAAUAUUUACUGGUGAUCAAUCGCUUAUAUUAAAACCAAAGGAUGGUAAGAAUGCUGAAGAAUGGGUACAAUGUCUUAGUAUUGUUGUAGCACAUUCACAUGCAAGAGAACUUCCUGCUAAAAGUAAUUCACUCCCAGCGCGAGGAUUGGGAACUAGUCGUGGGGCUUUAUGAAAGUGUAUAUAAAAGUUAUGUUUUGAAAAAUAUUUUCCGUCCAUUGCAUGCCUUAGUAUAUUUAAGAGAUACAAUUACGAUUACAGUAAACUAUGGAGGGUAGAGAUAAGGAGAAUUAUCUUUGUAUAUAAAAAGUGUCCACCGAAAAGCAGAAAAUUGGUGGCACUGUUGUAGCAAAAGUGUAAGUUUUAAAAGAAAGUAAUAAGAGUAAGAUAAAAAUCUAAACAAGUUCUUAGAUAAGGAUAGAGAAGUUCACGCCAAACAUAAAGUAAUUAGAGUAAGAUAAAGGAUCUAAACAAGUUGUUAGAGAAAAAUUGAUAAGUUCACAUCAAACAUUUUUUGCUACACAAGCGCUAUUCUGGUCAAUAGGGAAUAUUCAUGAAAUGUAAAUUUGGUUCAAAUAUUUUUCUUUCGUAACUUUAAUGACU